UCAUCAAAUCCCACCCUGUUCAACAAAGAUGGAAUAAUAAUCAUACACGUUUACAGCUGCAGCAUCUUGACCAAACAAACCAUGUUCCUACGAAAACAUAGUAAAAGAAUUUAAGAAAUAUGAAUCCCCAGUGGCUCCAACCUCCAGCUAUAUAUGCCAACAAUUAAACAUAACAUAAACACCGCGUAGUACCAAAAUAACAAUAGAAUAUGCUUCCGAAAAGAAUAAUCCUGAUGCGGCACGGCGAGUCACAAGGGAACCUUGACACGUCAGCAUACACAACAACCCCCGACCACGCCAUCCAGCUGACUCCGCAAGGGAUCCAGCAGGCCCGGCGCGCCGGGGGCGAUCUCCGGCGGCUGAUGUCCGGCGAGGAAUGCUCGCCGGAGUGGCGCGCGUACUUCUACGUGUCGCCAUACGCGCGUACAAGGUCGACGCUGAGGGAGGUUGGGAGGAGGUUAAGCCGGAAGAGAGUGAUAGGGGUGAGGGAGGAGUCUCGGAUUAGAGAGCAGGAUUUCGGGAACUUUCAGAUUGAAGACAGGAUGAAGGCUGUGAAGGAGACGCGUGAGAGGUUUGGAAGGUUCUUUUAUCGCUUUCCCGAGGGAGAAUCUGCCGCCGAUGUAUUCGAUCGCAUCUCAAGUUUCUUUGAAUCUCUCUGGAGGGACCUUGACAUGAAUAGGCUUCGUCAUGAUCCUUGCAAUGAUUUGAAUCUUGUGAUUGUGUCUCAUGGGCUGACAUCACGUAUUUUCCUAAUGAAGUGGUUCAAAUGGACAGUUGAACAGUUUGAGCACCUAAACAAUUUUGGCAACUGCGAGUUCCGGGUCAUGCAGCUAGGAACUGGCGGGGAAUACAGCUUAGCAGUUCAUCAUACAGCACAAGAAAUGCUGGAAUGGGGCCUCUCCCCUGAGAUGAUAGCCGACCAAAAAUGGCGUGCCACCGCAUGCAGGGGUGACUGGAAUGAUCAGUGUCCGUGGUACCUUGAUGCUUUUUUUGAUCAUCUUCCUGACUCUGACGAUGAGAUUGCUGAAAAGGAAGAUGAAACAAAUACAUGAAGCAUAUGUCCAUAACGAGCCAGCUAAUUGGGGGUUAAAGAUUCAUUUUCAACAUUCUAAUUGAUACUAGGUUGGUCUUCUUUUUCUUUUUAAGUGAUAAAAGAAA